AUGGCGGACCAACAGCCGCACCACCUCACCGACAUCGUCGAGGAGCCAGCCUCGACGGGCGUCUCGCGAAUUGGCUCGCAGAUGACGCUUCAGCCCAAGCCAUCCAGCGUCGACGACAAGCUCGAGAAGGACAUUGAAGACGAUGACGAUCGAGGCCGACACCCACCGCCUUCGUCGCCAAAGGUGCCCCAUCGGACACGUCGUACCUCCAGUGCCUCUCGCGUGUCCAUGGACUUUUUCGACCCCAGCGGCAUGCAGAGUUUGAGGAGGACGUUGACGCACGAGCGCGUCGGACUGCCCAAGGGCCAGUCUGAGCCGUCUGAGUCUUCGGACACGUCGUCCGACCACACUCUCAUCGUCGAUGGCGACAACUUUGACUUGGAGAAGACAAUCAAGACGAUUAUCAGACGCCGUGACCAGAGCGAGAUUAAGCCUCGCCAGCUCGGCGUUGUUUUCCGAAAUCUCCGAGUUGUAGGACUCAAGGCAGCAGCAUCUUUUCAACCCACUGUUGGUUCCCUCUUCAACCCGGCGGACGUUGUUCAGAAUAUUCAGAAUGCUCGUCAUCCGCCUGUGCGCAACAUCCUGGACGGAUUCGAGGGUGUCGUGAGGCCCGGCGAGAUGCUUCUCGUUCUUGGUAGCCCAGGAGCAGGCUGCAGCACCUUCCUCAAGACUCUCGCCAACCACCGCGAAGAAUACCACAGCGUCGAGGGCGAGGUCCACUACGACUCCAUCACGCCCGAGGAACUCAAAAAGUGGUUCCGUGGCGACGUUCAGUAUUCACCCGAAGACGAUGUCCACUUCCCUACCCUCACCGUCGAACAAACUAUCAAAUUCGCAGCUCGCACACGAACGCCCAGAAACCGCAUCGAGUACACCCGCGCCCAGUUCAUCGACACCCUCUCCAAUAUCCUCACCACCGUCUUCGGUUUACGCCAUGCAAGGAAAACGCCCGUCGGAGACGCCAUGAUUCGAGGCGUCAGUGGUGGCGAGAAGAAGCGAGUGUCGAUUGCAGAGUCUCUGGCUACCAGAGCUUGCAUCGCUUGUUGGGAUAACUCAACCCGUGGCUUGGACGCUAGCACUGCACUCGAGUUCGUCCGUGCCCUGCGCAUCGGUACCGACACCAUGCGUCUCAGCACCAUCGUGUCCAUUUACCAAGCUGGCGAGUCGCUCUUCAGCCACUUCGAUAAGGUGUGCGUCAUCUACGAAGGCCAAAUGGCGUACUAUGGUCCUGCGGAUCAGGCGAAAGACUAUUUCUAUGAAAUGGGAUAUGUCCCGGCCAAUCGCCAGACCACUCCUGACUUCCUCGUCGCUGUCACCGAUCCGAAUGCCCGCAUCGCUCGCGAAGGGGUUACAAACCAACCUCGCACCGCUGAAGAAUUCGCUGCCUACUUCAAGGCUUCAGCGCACGGUCAACGCAACAAGGCGGAGAUCGAGGAAUACAUUGCUGAACAUGUCGGAAAGCCUGAUGCUGCCCAACGUUACAUUGACAGUGCCCGUGCCGAGUUUGCCAAGCGCAGUGGCAAGAAAAAUCCUUAUAUGCUCACGAUUCCUCAGCAAGUCGCUGCCGUCAUGCGCCGCAAGGUUCAGAUUCUUCGCGGCGAUAUGUUGGCUACCGGUUUGAACCUCUUCUCGUAUGUCUUCCAAGCUUUGAUCAUGGGCAGUAUCUUCUUGAAGAUGCCUGAGCAAACCUCCGCCUACUUCUCUCGAGGAGGUGUUCUUUUCUUCGCCCUCUUGUUCUCGGCGUUGGCUACCAUGGCUGAAAUCCCCGCGCUUUACGCUCAACGUCGCAUCGUUCUUCGACAUGAAAAGGCUGCCCUGUAUCACCCCUUUGUCGAAGCUCUUGCCCAUACCCUCGUCGAUAUCCCUAUCACUUUCUGCAUCCUCUCGCUUUUCUGCAUCAUUCUAUAUUUCAUGACCGGUCUCCAACGCUCAGUUGACCAAUUCUUCGUCUUCUUCCUCUUUGUCUUCGCCAUGGCCGUUACCAUGAAAUCGUGGUUCCGUGGAAUUGCUGCAGCGUUUAAAUCGGAAGCUACGGCUCAGGCCGUUGCUGGUAUUUCGGUGCUGGCGCUUUCCAUCUACACCGGUUAUACCAUUCCGAAGCCUACCAUGAUUGGCGCGCUCCGGUGGAUCACCUAUAUCAACCCCCUUCGUUAUGGAUUUGAAGCUAUCCUCACCAACGAGUUCCGAACGCUAAACGGCCUUUGUACAUCUCUUGUACCCAGUGGCCCUGGAUACGAGAAUGUGUCCCUGGCGAACCAAGUUUGCGCAGUCGUCGGUGCCCUCCCUGGUGAAGCCUUUGUCAACGGCGCACGCUUCGCAGAGCUCUCGUAUUCCUUCAAAUGGUCGAAUACGUGGAUGAACUUGGGAAUUGUCAUCGCGUUUGCGAUCGGCUUCCUCAUCGUCCUACUCAUCUUUGCCGAGUUCAACACGACGUCUUCUGCCGAUACCGCCACCACUCUCUUCAAGCGAGGGUCGAAGAAGGCUGUUGCAGCUGCCUCCUCGGGUUCGGAUGAGGAGAAGAAGGGGUCGCCGUCUGGCACUGUCGUUGUCGACGAGAAAGGCAAGGAUACUUCGGCCCUCAAGGACGAGCCUGCUCUGCGUAUGACUGAUACCUUUACGUGGCAACAUGUCCAUUACACCGUACCUAUCCCUGGCGAAGCCGAUCGUACUCUCCUUUCUGACGUUUCGGGGUAUGUUGCGCCUGGCAAGUUGACUGCGCUGAUGGGCGAGUCUGGAGCUGGGAAGACGACACUGUUGAACGUCCUGGCGAAGCGGGUCUAUAGUGGUGUGGUGACUGGGGAUAUGUUUGUCAACGGACAGUCGCUUCCAGCUGAUUUCCAAUCGCAAACUGGGUAUUGUCAGCAGAUGGAUACGCAUAUGCCGAACGCGACUGUGCGCGAGGCGCUGUUGUUCUCUGCCAAGUUGCGACAGCCGCCUUCGGUUCCUUUGGAAGAGAAGGAAGCUUAUGUUGAAAAGUGUCUUAAGAUGUGCGGCCUGGAGGAGUAUGCCGAUGCUAUUGUCGGGACUCUCAAUGUUGAGUACCGGAAGCGAACGACUAUCGCCGUCGAGUUGGCAGCCAAGCCGAAGCUACUUCUCUUCUUGGACGAGCCUACCUCCGGAUUGGACUCUCAAAGUGCCUGGGCUAUUGUUUCGUUCUUGCGCAGUUUGGCGGACCAGGGACAGGCUAUUCUGUGCACUAUUCACCAGCCCUCUGCGGAGCUCUUCCAAGUCUUCGAUCGGAUGCUUCUACUCAAGAAGGGUGGUCAAACAGUGUACUUUGGCGAUCUUGGCCACAACGCGACGACGCUCAUUCAGUACUUUGAGAGGAACGGUGCUAGGCACUGUGACCCUUCGGAGAACCCUGCGGAGUAUAUGCUGGACGUCAUUGGCGCUGGUGCGACCGCGACUACGGAAUUUGAUUGGCACGGUAUUUGGAAAUCCUCUCCUGAAGCAACUGCUGUCCAGGAGGAACUCGAAGCUAUCCAUACUGAAGGCCGCAACCGCCCUGCGGUUGAAGCUGAGCUUCACACUGAAUUUGCGACUUCGUGGUUGUUCCAAGUCAAGGAGCUCUUUAUUCGGAAUGUGCAGUCGUAUUGGCGGGACCCGACUUACAUUAUGGCGAAGAUGGUGUUGAAUGUUUCGUCUGGGUUGUUCAUUGGGUUCACGUUCUUCAAGGCGAAGGAUACGAUCCAGGGGACUCAGAACAAGCUUUUCGCGAUCUUCAUGGUGACGAUUCUCAGUGUGCCAUUGGCGAGUCAGCUUCAAGUACCGUUUAUCAAACUUCGGACGAUCUAUGAGAUUCGUGAACGGCCUAGUCGGAUGUACAGCUGGACUGCCUUGAUCACUUCGCAGAUUCUUGUCGAGCUGCCGUGGAACAUUAUUGGUUCGACGUUGUUGUUCAUGUGCUGGUAUUGGCCUGUUGGGUUCUUGGCUUCGAGAGGAGGGUAUACCUACCUUAUGCUUGGUAUUAUCUUCCCUUUGUAUUAUACCACGAUUGGUCAGGCUGUUGCGGCUAUGGCGCCCAGUGUUGAGAUUGCGGCGCUCUUGUUCUCGCUUCUCUUUUCGUUUGUCAUUGCUUUCAAUGGUGUCCUUCAACCGUUCCGUGAACUUGGCUGGUGGAAGUGGAUGUACCGCCUCUCGCCGUAUACCUAUUUGAUCGAAGGCCUCUUGGGUCAAGCGAUUGGUCGCCAAGACGUCGAGUGUGCGCCGUACGAGUAUGUCCAGAUUACGCCUCCUGAAGGCCUCAGUUGCGGCGGCUACAUGGACCCGUUCAUCUCAUUUGCUGGGGGGUACCUUACCAACCCCAACGCCACGGAUGCGUGCAACUAUUGCAGUGUGAAGACGACGGACCAAUUCUUGCUUGCUAGUUUCAACAUUAGCUAUUCGCAUCGGUGGAGGAAUGUUGGGCUUAUGCUUGCGUUUACUGUGUUUAACGUGGUUUGUGUUUAUGUUAUUACGUAUCUGUUUAGAAUACGUACGGGGAGUUUGCUGCCUAGUUUUAAGCGGUCGAAGAAGAACUAG